GUCCGGGAACCCCGCGCCGAGCGAGCGCACGGAGCGGGCGUAGCGCCGAGCCCCAGGCGCCGCAUCUGCAGGAUGCUGGUCGAUAUUGCUACCAAUCCCCACGCCCAACGGCUCCGGAUUCUUGGAGCGGACCUUCUAGUUCACGGAUUGAGACCAGGAGCCGAGUGAGACCGUAGCCCUGCCGGCUGCGUGCGAAAACCUUAGAAAAUGUAUACAAGUCAUGAAGAUAUCGGGUAUGACCUUGAAGAUGAUCCCAAGGCUAAGAAGACCCUGAAGCCCCACCCAGACAUUGAUGGCGGGUGGGCCUGGAUGAUGGUCCUUUCUUCCUUUUUUGUUCACAUCCUCAUCAUGGGCUCACAGAUGGCCUUGGGAGUCCUCAACGUGGAAUGGCUUGAAGAGUUCCACCAGAGCCGAGGCCUGACCGCCUGGGUCAGCUCUCUGAGCAUGGGCAUCACCUUGAUCGUGGGACCUUUCAUCGGCUUGUUCAUUAACACCUGUGGGUGCCGCCGGACAGCAAUCAUUGGAGGACUGGUGAACUCCCUCGGCUGGGUGUUGAGCGCCUAUGCAGCCAGCGUGCAGUCUCUCUUCCUUACCUUUGGAGUGGCAGCUGGCCUCGGCAGCGGGAUGGCUUACCUGCCUGCGGUGGUCAUGGUGGGAAGGUACUUCCAGAAGAGGCGAGCCCUGGCCCAGGGUCUCAGUACCACGGGGACAGGAUUUGGGACAUUCCUAAUGACCGUUUUGCUGAAAUACCUGUGUGCGGAGUAUGGCUGGCGGAACGCCAUGUUCAUCCAAGGUGCUGUGUCCUUGAACCUGUGUGUUUGUGGGGCACUCAUGAGGCCCCUCCCUCCUGGGAAGGUAGAAAACUGCCCAAGAGAGGAGGAGCCCUGUGCCCUCCCAGCUUACUCCACUGAAUCUGUGAAAUCAGGACCACUGGGCAUAACUGAAGACCAGGACAGGCUGCCGGGGAACGAGGAGACUGGCUGUGACCUUCAAGCACAGGAGUGUCAAGGUCAAACGUGUGACAGGAAAAACAUGUGUGCUUUCCAAGUUCUGAAGACAGUGAGCCAGCUCACUGUGCGAGUCCAGAAGGGCUUUGGGGACUGGUAUUCAGGCUAUUUUGGAACAGCCUCACUCUUCACCAACCGCAUGUUUGUAGCCUUUAUUUUCUGGGCUCUGUUCGCAUACAGCAGCUUUGUCAUCCCUUUCAUCCACCUGCCAGAAAUCGUCAGUUUGUACAACCUGUCGGAGCAAAAUGACGUGUUCCCUCUGACCUCAAUUAUAGCAAUACUUCACAUCUUUGGGAAGGUGAUCCUGGGGGCGGUGGCUGACCUCCCCUGCAUCAGUGUCUGGAACGUCUUCCUCAUCGCUAACUUCACCCUCGUCUGCAGCAUCUUCCUUCUGCCGUUGAUGCACACCUAUGCGAGCCUGGCUGUCAUUUGCGCCCUGAUUGGGUUUUCCAGCGGGUAUUUCUCCCUGAUGCCCGUGGUGACGGAGGAUCUGGUUGGCACUGAGCACUUGGCCAAUGCCUAUGGCAUCAUCAUCUGUGCCAAUGGCAUCUCAGCUUUACUGGGACCACCAUUUGCAGGGUGGAUCUUCGACAUCACACAAAAAUACGAUUUUUCCUUUUAUAUAUGUGGUCUGCUCUACAUGGUAGGAAUACUCUUUUUGCUUAUUCAACCCUGUACUCAGAUGAUAGAACAAUCCAGAAGAAAGUACACAGAUGGUGCACAUGUUUAGUGUCAUGCAACAUUUGUUGUGGGUCCUCUCCUCGUGCCUACCUCACCUGGUCGCUAGAGGAAUGCUCUGUAUGG